GACACUGCUGGGCAGCACUGCUGGGCGACACUGCUGGGCAGCACUGAUGGGCGACACUGCUGGGCAGCACUGAUGGGCGACACUGCUGGGCAGCACUGAUGGGUGACACUGCUGGGCACUGAUCAUCAGUGCCCUGAUGAUCAGUGCUGAUCACUUCUCUGACAAUUGCCGGUUAUCGGCAGUACUUUCCUCAUGCUGUGACAUCGUGAGGAAAGUGCAACUGUAUUUACUUGGUGAUCUGCUGUGUCAUUGGACACAGCUGAUCAGCAAUCACCAGCAGCGCUGGGGGGCG